UGUUAUCGUCCUAGAUAGCCGAAAUAGUUACUGUAAUACGCCCGUGGAUAACAUAAACUCGUUUUACAAAAGACAAGGGCUUGGAAGAGCAGCGACAGUGACAUCCGACAUCAAAAAUGGGCCCAUCGUGGUUGUUUUACCUUGCAUACAUUAUCGCUGAUGGAUUAUCAUCUGAACCCCAACAAAACGACUUAAAAAGCGAUGCCGAAUUCAUAAAACAUGCCUUGCCCAUCGGAAAUACAUCAGGAAUUGCCGAUAUUUUAAGCCAUAGAUUGUACGACCAGCGACUUGAGAUUGCCCAUCAGUUUCAACUGAAAUAUGGAAAGUUCUUAAAGGAAGAAUUAGCGAGUCACGCUGGGGACGAAAUGAAACACCUGCUCUUUGCUUUAGUUGUACCAACCCCUGUCUUCUACGCCACAGAACUACAUAAUGCCAUUAUGGGAAUUGGCACCAAUGAAAACGUGAUAAUUGAGAUUCUUUGCACUUUGACCAAUAGCGAAAUGUGGGCUGUUAUUGACGCUUACGAGGCUGAAUUCCAGCACAAGCUAAUUGAUGACAUCAAAGGUGAUACCAGUGGAGACUUCAAACACUUGUUAGUUGCCAUACUUCAAGCAAACCGUGACGACAGUGGAGCUACCAAUAAGGCACAAGCCGCCGCUGACGCUCUACACCUUCACAAAGCAGGUCUGGAUAAAAUAGGCACCGAUGAGAAGGUCUUCUACGACAUUUUGGGCACGCGCAACCACAAUCAGUUGAAAUUAAUCUGCGACGAAUACAAGCACCUGUCUGGGCACGAUCUCGAGUACGCCAUAGAAAAGGAGUUUUCGGGACACGCAAAAGACGGGCUCUUGGCAAUUGUCGCCACCGCCAGGAAUCUUCCGGCGUACUUUGCCGAACAGUUACAUCAUUGCAUGACUGCCGGUGAGCGGAAGAACGAACAACUGGUCAGGAUUUUGGUUCCCAGAGUUAAAGUAGUCGACACCAUCAUGCAGGAGUACUCCAAAGCCUACGGUAGGGAUUUGAAGACCGAUAUUUCUGAACACACCAAGGGGGUGUUUAAGGAAAGCAUACUUAGACAUAUUCAUUGAUGAAGUAAUGUAUCCACACCAUAAAAACAAUUAAUUUGUACACAUAAUACAUUGGUUGAUUUUGGUAAUAUAAAUUUGUGGUAUUUGCUAA